AUAGGGAACGGCCAAAGCAUCUCUCAUAGCUCAGGCACUCCAGGUCAGCUGAAGGCAAGAGGAAGCGCUAGAGCCCCCUUCAGCGUGUCUCGGACGUUUAGGAACUCGGCUUGCUAGAAGGCUCAAGGAGAUGACGGCAGAAAUGAAAAUCCAGCUAGUGUGCGUGAUACUCCUGGCUUUCAGCUCCUGGAGUCUGUGCUCAGAUUCAGAAGAGGAAAUGAAAGCAUUAGAGGCUGAUUUAUUGACCAAUAUGCGUACAUCAAAGAUCAGUAAAGCAAAUGUGCCCUCUUGGAAAAUUACCCUGCUAAAUGUUUGCAGCCUUGUAGCUAACCUGAACAGCCAAGCUGAGGAAACCAGAGAGUUUCGUGAAGAGGAGCUUAUUGCAAGAAGGAAAUUUCCCACUUCCUUAGAUGACUUUAGCUUUGAAGCAAUGUUGACAAUAUAUCAGCUCCAAAAAAUCUGUCACAGCAGGGACUUUCAACACUGGGAGUUAAUUCAGGAAGAUGUUCUUGAUACUGGAAAUGACAAAAACGAAAAGGAAGAAGUUAUAAAGAGAAAAAUUCCUUACAUUCUGAAACGGCAGCUAUAUGAGAAUAAACCCAGAAGACCCUACAUACUCAAAAGAGGUUCUUAUUACUACUGAGAAGAUGAAUAUUUUAUUUACAUGUGAUUGUGAUUUAUCAUCCUUUAAUUAAAUAUCAAAUUGUAUUUGUGUGGAAAUGUGACAGAACACAAUUAUUUUGUCUCUUCUACAAUUGUGAUUUAUUGGAUGUGAUUUUUCUGCAUUAAUAUAAAUUGGCCUGAAUGUUUUCAAAUAAAUCUAGAUAUUGAGCAUGAUGCCUUGUGUAUAAUUGAUGUUAAGUCACAUGUAGAAUGCUUUGCAAUUUUGCCAAGCACUUAAUGGGUUGUUUAAACAGUCAAAAUGUUUGACAUUUUAAGCCAAAUUAUAAGAGAUUAUAACAGAGUCUUACAACAAAGUCUAGCCUACAUAUCAUUAACCCAAAACAAAGUAACAAUACUUCUUUCAUUAUUUGACUGUUUUUUGAAUUGAGAGAAAUACCUGCUCUUUUCCCAGACUCACUCAUGAAUGUCUCAGAAAUAGGCAACGUGAUAGUGAUAAAAUAGAGUCAUCUUAAAAGAAUGAUUAAUGAACUAUUGUUAUGCCUAUCUUAAUGAAUGAUCUUCAACUGACUUUGUGUUUCUGUUAAAUGAAUUUAAUAGCAAAUAAAAAGAUAACAAGUCAUCAG